ACCUACUUACAGCUGUAUUGUACAGCGUGGAUAUCUGGCAACCCAGUUUCAAACUCACGUUUGUUUCUAAAGAAAGGAAGUGUCGGUUUUAAUGGAAUCAACAGUGUAGGUGUAGGACAGGGCAGGGUGGCAAUGAACCUCUGCUGCCUACAGGGACGCUGGAGCUCCAGGGAAACUUCACACCAUCAUGGAGAAUUUACACUGUGACCCAAGGGUUGAGGAGCUCUUAAACACUAAGCUGGGGAAGUACCUCAGUGAACAUCCCUUCUUAGCAGUGGUGCUGCUUGUGUUCGGUGUAACAUCUGCACUUCCCAUUGGUCUUUUCCUGAUAUUUGCUGCUGUUACGUCUAUUGCUGUUACAGUAUCCUUCGUGUUUGUUGAAGUUUUCCUUCUGCUGAUAGCAGGGACCACCUUGCUGUGUGUUCUCGUCUGCCUUGUUGUGGUUGCCUUCUGGGUUUCCUGUGUACUGAGUGCCUCCUACAUCAUUAUAUCACAUGGGCUCAAUUACUUUUCCAUUAGAAUGCCUGAACAGACCAUCUCUGCUGAGGAGACGGAAACCAAAGAAAACUGAGUAUAUACAAUUUUGUUACACACUCCAUCAAAACUCUCAGCCAGUGAGAAUGCCUGACUUUAUCUUCUUGAAAACCUCAGGAAAAAACAAAACAAAAUGAUCACUAUUAGCACAGCCUGCAAUCUGCACUUAUUCUGGGAGAGGGAACGCAGCUAUCUAAUAUGUUUACUAUGCUAUGCUUGUUACAGACCUUCUUCCAACAAAUAAAGUGUCAUUUUAUUUUG